GUGUUUUCCGUCUCCCGGUGUAACGGUGGCCGGCAAAAAGGCAUCGAAGCGUAAGAGAGCAAGUUAUGGCACCUGGAACACUGGGGCCACCAACACUCAAGGUACAUAUGCCACAAAUGCGACGAGUUGGCAAGGCUAUGAAGGCUACGACUAUUACAACACCCAAACCACCGCCGCUAAUACAGCGGCCACGUACAACUACGCCGCAGCCGCUGCCACCUCCAGCAGCUGGGAAACACCCAAAACUUCGGAUAUGAGCAUGAACGCCGACGUCAACGCCGCCAUGCCCGUCGCCUCAUACGGCGCCGAGACUUCGGCCAACGAGAACUCGGAUUCCAUCAUAGCCAAAAUCAACCAGCGUUUGGAUAUGCUGUCGAAGGAGGGCAGCGGUGGGACAGGGGAGGGGAUGGAAGACCAGGAGAGCUCUUUCAGAUUUGAGUCUUUCGAAUCGUACGACUCGAGGUCUUCAAUGAACGACCGUGACGUGUACCGAUCCGGCUACGAUUACGGAGAAGUCGGAACCGAUCGGAACGAUUCCUUCGGGAGCCAGUUCGAUAACCGCAGGGAUCAAUCUCGUAACCGAGGAAACAACUACGGCCUCAUCCGAGGACGGGGUCAAAACCGCGUUCAAAAUCGAGGGCGUCUAAACGCUUUCAACCGCACCGACCACUUCAUGCCCUCCUCCAGCUCCGAGCGCCUCUCGGCUCGUUGGAAUGAGUUGAACUACAUGGGUGGGCGUGGGAUGGGGGGUGCCGGAUCCAACAGGCUCCCUUCCCUCUUUUCCCAAGCCCUCGUUCCCGACUACGGCGACUAUGACUAUGACUAUGGCAUGAUGGGGAUGUCGGGCAUGGGAAUGGGACGGUAUGGGAAUAUGCCGUACGGAAUGGGGAGGCAACGAAACAGAGACAGGAUGGGUACGCCCAAGAGAAGAGGUUUCCGAAACCGUUCGGGAGGGCGAUCGGACGGCGAGGGAGGAGGACGCAAGCGAAAACAGUCGCAAAGCGGAGAUGAGCCGGACAGCAAACAGGCGAAGACCGACAGCGAAGGAGAUGACACCGAGAACGAUGAGGGCGAAGGAGAGGAAAAAUCAGGAGAUGAAGCUGACAAAGCAUCUGGAGAUGGCUGUGAAGACGACGACGAGGAGGUGAAAAAGAAGAGGGAGAAGCAGCGGAGAAGAGAUAGGAUGCGUGAUCGAGCUAUGGACAGGAUCCAGUUUGCCUGUUCCGUCUGCAAGUUCCGCAGUUUUGAGGAAGAGGAGAUCCAGAAACAUCUCCAGAGCAAGUUUCACAAAGAGACCUUGCGAUACAUCGGUACCAAACUCCCGGAUAAAACGGUCGAGUUUCUGCAGGAGUACAUCGUCAACAGGAAUAAGAAGAUCGAGAAGAGGCGCCAGGAGCUGACCGAGAAAGAGGGCACGAAACAGAAGCCGGAUCCUUUUAAGGGUAUUGGCCAAGAACACUUCUUCAAGAAGAUCGAGGCGGCUCACUGCAUGGCGUGCGACAUGUUAAUUCCUGCGCAGAACCAUCUUCUCCAGAGGCACCUGCGAUCUGCCGAUCACAACAGAAACCGCAGGAUGGCUGCGGAGCAAUUCAAGAAAACCAGCUUACACGUCGCCAAGAGCGUCCUGAAUAACAAACACAUCGUAAAGAUGCUGGAAAAAUACCUCAAG